AAAACGUAUUCCCCAGUAUUUCGACAGCAUCUAAGGGCGGCAGUCGUCUUGGUUUGUCACUCCCAUAUCUGACACAUCCCGUACGACCUGAAAAUUCACUUAUAACUCUCGACAAAGGGUAAGCUCUCUAACAACAAGUGCCUUUUUUGGCAGUUCAAAACAAUAUUAUAAUCAAAUUCAGUCUGAAGUGGAUAAGUAGCCUAUAAGUGAGAAAGUUAUGGCGUUAAGUGGUAAGAUAGCUCUUGUUACCGGUGCCAGUCAAGGUUUGGGCAAAGGCUUUUCUGACAUUCUUCUGAAAAAUGGAGCGAAGGUGGCACUGUUGGACAUUAAUGAAAAUGCUGGGAAAAACGCCAAAGCGGAUUUUGAUAAAGAGUAUGGAAAAGAUCGCAACAUUUUCUUGACAUGCGACGUGACCUCAAAUGCACAACUGAAAGAUGCAUUCCAAAAAACCAUCGAAAAGUUUGGCAGAAUCGACAUUGUAAGCAACAAUGCAGGGAUUGUGGAUGAGACUAACUGGGAGAAAACGGUGGAAGUAAAUCUGAAUGGAGUGAUUAGGGGCACCUAUCUGGCACUUCAGCACAUGAAGAAGGGGAGUGGAGGAGGAGGAGAAGGAGGAGUAAUAAUUAACACAUCUUCCAUGGCAGGGCUGGGUCCCCUCUUAACCUCUCCUGUCUACACAGCCAGCAAACAUGGAGUCGUUGGGUUCACCAGGGCGAUGGCAGAAGCCUCGAGUGUGAGUGGUUAUGGUGUUAGGAUCAACGCCUUCUGUCCCUCUUUCGUCAAAACUCCCAUCCUCGAUUUUAUGACGAAUGAAAAGGCAGCAGGACAGCUUGGCCAUCUCCAGCAUUUGUCCGAUAAAAUUUUAGCGAAGACUGGCAUACUCGAGGUGCCAGCGGUUGCUGAGAGGUUCCUGCAGCUGGUGACGGACGAGGAAAAGAACGGGGCGGUGAUGAUGGUCACACAGGAAUGCACUGCCUACAUGAAUUUUCCAAAAGAUUUUAAGGACGCACCCAAGACCAUUCUCCCCUGAAUCUUUGUUAAAGAAACUCUGCAAGUUCACUUGAAUUUCAUUUUUCUAUAAACACCGAAAAAAUGUCACAAUAUGUCCGGUGAGAACAUUAAGGAUGCGACCUGUUCAAGCAGGAACAUGAUGUGUUUCUGUUUGUGGGCAAUGCAGUAUCUGUGCCUUUUGCAAUAUUGUAGUUUUUUUUCCAGUUUUGGAUACACUGAUAAUACCACCGUACUGUACUGUAUAAUGUAUAAAAAAAUAUAUAGUACCAGCA